GACAGUUUCAUUCUGAGUGGUGACGAUGUUGAGGACACUGAGUUUGGCGCUUUUAAUCGGCUUCCUAGCCAAAGGGUGCCACUCACAGUUGAAUGUGUGUGGUGUGGCUCCUCUAAAUACCAGGAUAGUGGGAGGACAGGAUGCUUCUCCAGGGUCUUGGCCUUGGCAAGUUAGUCUGCAGGAUAGUGACGGCCAUUUCUGCGGUGGAUCCCUCAUCAACUCUAACUGGGUUCUAACGGCAGCCCACUGCUUUCCAAGUUCUGAUGCUUCACAUGUGACCGUGUAUCUGGGUAUGCAGGCACUGUCCUCAAGUAACCCAAAUUCAGUGUCCAGAUCUGUUUCUCAAGUCAUCGUACAUUCCAACUACAGUUCAUUCACGAAAGACAACGACAUCGCUCUGCUGCAGCUGAACUCUAGCGUGACCUUCACUAAUUAUAUUAAGCCUGUUUGCCUGGCUGCAGCCAGAAGCACGUUCUUCAAUGGCACUCUGACCUGGGUCACUGGCUGGGGAAACAUCGCCGUAGGAGAAAGUCUCCCUUCUCCCGGGACCCUGCAGGAAGUACAAGUCCCAAUUGUUGGAAACAGGAAAUGUGACUGUUUAUACGGAGUUGGAAAUAUCACUGACAACAUGGUCUGUGCUGGUUUGUUGGCAGGGGGCAAAGACUCCUGUCAGGGAGACUCUGGAGGUCCACUGGUCAGCAAACAGAAUGGUGUUUGGGUCCAGGCAGGCAUUGUGAGCUUUGGUAUUGGCUGUGCUCUGCCAAAUUACCCUGGAGUGUAUACUAGAGUGUCUCAGUACCAAGACUGGGUCAACCAGCAGAUCACCAGCAACCAGCCAGGCUUUGUCACAUUCACUUCCACUGGCACUGAUGGAGACCUGAGUGUGUCCUGUGCCGGCCUGCCUACUGUUGCUACAACCACCACGGUCUCUACAACUACUGCUUCACCUGUGGUGUGUGGCAGCGCCAAGCUGAAUACCAUUACAGGAGGCGGCAACUCCUUGGCAUUUGCUGGUGUGUGGCCAUGGAUGGUCAGCCUGCAACGUAAUGGUACUCAUGUCUGUGGAGGAACACUGGUAGCUGAGCAGUUUGUCUUGAGCUCUGCUGAUUGCUUCUCAAGCUCCAUCAAUGCUUCUGACUGGACUGUAAUUCUGGGUCGGCUCAAACAGAACGGCUCCAACACCAACGAGGUUUCUGUCAAUGUGACUAAAAUCUCACUGAGCACUGGUACAGCAAACAAUGUAGCAGUACUGCAGUUGUCUCGCAAGCCAACACUCACAAACUACAUUCAGCCCAUAUGUGUGGACCUGGGGGACAACAGCUUCCCUGUCAACACUCAGUGCUGGGCAGCUGGCUGGGGUUCAGGAGGAGGAGUUGAGCAGACUCUUCAGCAGUUUAACACCACUAUACUGAACUGUGGCAAUGCAUCCUCAUCUAACAGCAGCAUCUGCACAGGAAUCAUGCCCUUAGAACAGACUAAUAAAGGAGGUCCUCUGAUGUGUAAGAUUGGACAAUCAUGGGUCCAGGCUGCCGUUUUGACCCUGUCCAACUACAGUGGAACUAACACUAGCUCCAGUAACAGCACCAAGACAGUUCGUGCCUCAAAUGUCCAGCUCUUCACUAAAACCUCAAGCUUCUCAGGCUUUCUGAAUAGUGUAGUGGGUACCUUCCCUCCCAAAGCCAGCACCACAUCUACGACGACCACCACCAAGCCUGUCGUGGUUAGUGCAGCUGAGUCAUGUUCAUUGCUCUCCAUCACGUCCCUCCUUCUGCUUUCACUUCCUGCUCUCUUUCAAAUGUUCAGUUAAGAAUGAACGUUAGUUAAUAGAAGCACUCAGGAAAAUGAAGAAUCGACUCAGCAUUGAAAGACUAAAUAUAACAUCUCUAAUAUCUCUCAAAUUUAAAGACAAACUUUUAAAGGUUAACAAUCUGUGCUAUCUGGGUUGAGGGAUUUUGAAGCUAGAACAUUUUCUAUAAAAAAAUGAAGUAAAACAUUUUGUAUUUAUCUCUAUCUAACUUGGCACUUGAAGUAACUGUAUAAGCCUGACACACUAAUUAGUGUCGAUGUUUAAAGGUGGUUUAUGCAACACACCUGUUAUGUGCAAGACACAAUAGUUUGAAACGAACAUAGAAUACCUGGCUUUGCUGGUAAUUUUUGAAGUUCAAGAAAGCCAAAGUCUGACUUUAGCACCUUUCUCAGUAAAGACCCUGAAGCUGAGGCCUAUAUCCUGUUAUCUUAGUCCAUUCUUAAAGCAUGCCAGUAUAUCUUAAAUGUCUUACUUUUCUGUUCUUGUUUACUUUGACUUGUGCCAUUUUCUAUGCUUCAUUUUGCACAAACUAACGAAGUGCACUAAAAGAUUUUGAAGUGUUCUCAAAUAAAAAGCUUUUACUGUGUUUUUAGCACUACAACAUAAAUUGUAAUGCAGUGCACAAGUGCAUAAUCCGGAGAAAGCCUACUUCCUACUCUGUGCUGUAGACAAAGCUAGUUUAUUUUUAAUGGUGAAAACUAAGACGACUAACUGCACUGUAGUCUUUGUAUUUAUAUUUUACAAAAUGUGUACUUUCUAUGAAUAUUUUUCAUCUAAAAUGAAAACUAUUCUUUUUACUCCACUAUUCUUGAAACAGUUAUAUUUCUCAGGGCACAUGUUUCUGAGGAACAUCUCAAACCAAAUGGUGUCAUCUACUAAAGUACAGAUAAGCUCAUGUUCUAGGUAUUUUUGUUUAUAAGAGCGCUGCCUGGGUUGUUUUUUGUGCUGAUGUGAAAAAGCAAGUUAAGUCACAUGCAUACUGUACCCAUUAACACUGUUACCACUGUAUUCUGCCUUGGAUCUGAUUUUACUGGAUAACUAGUUAGCUACCUAAAUGGACCAGUUUCAUUUGUCAACAUUUAGUUUAAGGUGAGGAAGAGGAGGCUUGCCUUACCUUUGGAUGGCAGAAAAUCAACAGAAAUGAGAUUUGAUAAUUCUAAAUUUUUCUACAUUAAAUUACUACUGGCUUGAAUUUCAGGGCAUAACAGUGGAAUUUGGGCUCUGUAGCCUAAAAUUACAUCUUUCUGUGACCUGUGAAAGGCAGAAACAUAGCCUGAAAAGAAUAAAGCAGAUGAUGGCAAUACAAA